GCCGUUGUGAACCAGAUAUUCUGUGCAACAUUGAAAAUGGGAAGGAAAGAUGCUGGUGUCUCUAAAAUCCCAAUCGAUCACUACCGGAAACAAAUAGGAAAACAAGAUUAUAAGAAAACCAAAUCAGUUUUAAAAGCAACAAGAUUGAAAGCAGAAGCCAAGAAAACAGCACCAGGAAUAAGGGACGUGACACUCAUCAUUGCAGCUAUUGUGAUUUUACUUGUGGCUAUUUAUGGUUUCUUUUAUCUGAAACUCACCACAGAAGUCAACCUUGAUCCAGACUUGGAUGAAAAUUAGGAAAUGUAAAGAGACAUUCUUCUCUUGUGGAGCAUUGUUAAACACUCAGCUGGGAUUUGCAAAUGUAUUUUGGACCAUAAGUAGACUGUUUUGACUUUUUAGCUUGUAAUUACUAAAUAUUACCUUCCAAACAUGAACAAUUUUACAACAAUUUUAUAUCAACAGGUUUACAAGCCCAUACAGUGCGCUCACACGUUUGUAUUUUAAAGUAAGGUGUAUUUAAUUAGCACUCAUUAUUUUUGGGAAAUUCAACUUAUUAAUGCAGUGGAAUAGUUGAGCCAUAUGUACCAGAUAUGUCCCAGAUUCAGUCAUGUGUGCCAACUUGUAUUUCACAGCUGGGAUGCUUUGCUCCAAUUGGUCUCACUAUUUCUCAAUUAGAACCAAAAGAGUAACAGUGUUAUUUCUUCUCACUGUUAUAAGUGCAUAUAUGGAUAUUGGAUAAGGGUGUGAUUGGACUUGGUUAUAACUUGCCACAUGCUCAAGUAGUAUACCAAUGGUCACUGUCUCAGCUCACACAUGGGCCUAGAUUUAAUGGGGGCACCCCUCAUCUCCCCCCUGACUCUGAUUGGGCGAUUAAGUUGUGGAUGGACUCCGGCAGCUCACCUCACAGGCAUUUAACACUUGGAGGCACGUUGAUUGCCUUGAGGCAAAACUUUUGCUCCUAUCUGAGGAGGAAGUCCCGCUUUCGAGACCUGCCGGCCAAUCAAACGGCUGGUAACUCUCUGGGCCCAGUCACUGACACUGAGGAACUGAAUGGUAAGCAGUGAGUGGUUGGAGCAGGGGCGAUGGUUCUCACCGGGACCAGGCUAGCAGAGCCCAGCGAAGGGAUUGGGGGCCAGGGUAGACAAGCUGGGCGAGAGGGAACCGGGGAGGAAGUAGACCAGCAUAGGGCCCUCAUAUGGGCCAUGGGGACCUGUUAAGGAGGCACCUCCUUUCCUUGCUCGCUACCAGCCUGUGCAGGAGAAGUUGCCAGGCUGGACAUUUGGCAUGGGCCACUCCCACUGCUGAUUAAAUCCUAGUGGUGGUGGAAUGAGACCCUUAAGUGGGCAUUAACUGGCCACUUAAGGGCCUCAAUUGGCCUAUGGUCUCCCACACCCCCUCCCCCGGUCGGUGUAAAAUUGCUGCGGUGGCAGGGGACAGGCAGGUAGGUGGUGAGCACAGCACACACGGUAUUUUACGGGCACCCCAGUCUGCAAAUCCACCGACAGGGGUGCUUAAAAUCCAGCCCAUGAAGAAUAAGCACUGAACAAAGUAUUGGAAAGUAUCUAAUGCCUUUAGACAUUUACAUCAGAAAAGAGUCAUGCUUGUAGGAGAGGAGUGAUGAAAAUUAGAAGAAACUGAAGUGGAAGAUAAUCUUUGAAAUUUGAUUAAUUCUAAAAUGCUAUUGAGCCAAUUUGUAAAAAUGACAUUUUGUUAAAACCAGCAUCUAUCCAAUCUACCAGGUAACUGUAUUAGAAUCAACCCAUGUACAAUGGCAGCUUCAGUAUGUUUGAUGUGGGGAUGGGCAAGUGAGAGCAACUAUAACUAACAAUGAAACCAAUUCAUAUCAUGCCAUCAACUCAGCAAAUAGUUUAGUUUGAAAAUGGGGAAGCUAGUAAUCAUUUUGGGAAGGUUAAAUGGUAAAGUAACUGGCAAAGUUAUCACACAUGACACAAGCUAAUAAGAACACCAGCACUAAGAUCAGUUGUAAUUGUACAUAGACACAGAAGAACAUGUUGAAAGAAUAGCAUUACAACAGAUUAAUUGAUUGCAGCUUUUAACUUAUGUGAAGCACCAUUUUGUUUACAUUCAAAAUAAUUUUUUCGACAUUUUUAGCUUUAUGGCCGAAACCUCUUUAAACAAAUGUAUUUUUAAUUUUCUUCCCCAAAAUUAAUAUCUCAACAAUUGAUGAAGAUAAUGUGGCACUAUUGUUAAAGAAUGUAAUUCUUCCAAUGCUUUGCAGCAUUAUUGUCUUGUACAUACUAACUGUAUUUGCAAAGGCUUAAUUGUAUUUGUUGGCAGUGUAUAUGUUUAUGGUCUAUUAUGGAAAUUAAAAAGUGUUAUAAAGCUAAA